AUGAAUCUCAACCUCGCAAGCCUAGUCGCUAACAUCAGUCUCACUCGACUCUUCUAUCUUUGGGUGUUGUACCGCAUUGGUUGUGCUUUGUACAAUGUCUCAGCCUUUCACCCUCUCAGUCGCUUCCCUGGACCGAAAUUGGCGGCCUUAUCUCUGGCUUACGAGUUCUGGUUCGACAUGAUCCUAGUCGGAAGGUACACACAUGAGAUCAAGAAAAUGCACCAAAUCUAUGGCCCAGUCGUGCGCAUCGGUCCCAAUGAGCUGCAUUGCUCAGACCCGGCGUUCAUAGAUGAGAUAUAUGCUUCGGGGAACCGAAGGCGAGACAAGCAGACUCACUAUCUAAACACACUUGUCGGUCCGAUCAACGUUGGCUUAUUUGCCUCUCGCGAGCAUGAGCUCCAUCGGACUCGACGCAGGGCUUUGAACAAGUUCUUCUCUCGCGGCCAGAUUGUUAACCUCGAACCCGAGAUACACAAUCUUACGCAACUACUUUGCAAUAAAAUACUUCAGGACUCUUCUAAAAAGCCUUUGGACGUCACUACAGCUUAUAGCUGCUUCACGUCAGAUCUCAUUUUCUCAUAUUGCUUUGGAGAGAGCCUAGGAUUCUUGGACCAGGACGGAUGGGAGCCUAAUUUCAGAGUCGCCGCUGAGGCCAUAAUGUCUACGUCGUAUCUGUUCCGCUUCUUCCCGGCUCUUCGGGUGCUUCCCGAUGCUGCUCCUUAUCUCGCAAAAUACAUUAGUGACUCCGUCGCACUCCUCAUGCACGAGAUGUAUACGGUUAUGCCCAAGCGUAUCCUCCGGGCACGAGAGGAACUCAGCGCCGGCAUAGUUCGAAAGCGACCUGUCGUUUGGUCAGAUAUUAUACUAGACGAGAAACUACAUGAGUCACAGAAGACCACAGUCCGAUUAUCUGGUGAGGGGUUUUCAAUUACGGUCGCCGGAACAGAAACUACGGCAUGGGUACUUACAGUCAUCACCUUCUACGUACUAUCUCAACCCGAAAUCCAAGCCAGACUCACGGAGGAACUGAAGGGCGUCAACCCGAGCGACCUCAAAUGGACCAGCCUUGAGAAGAUCCCCUAUUUGACUGCUGUGGUGCUAGAGGGCCUGCGACUGGCAUAUGGUAUAGGAGCGAGGACCCCUAGGAUCGCUCCAGACGAGGAUCUCAUCUACCGUGGUGAGAUGAAUGACCACACGUACGAGUAUGUUAUACCAAAGGGCACCGCAAUUGGCAUGUCGGCAGUGAUCCUAAAUCAUAACGAGGACCUUUUCCCCAACUCAGAAGCUUUCAUACCCGAGCGAUGGCUGAAUCAAGAACGACGACGGGAGAUGGAGAGAUCCUUGUUUUCGUUCAACCGGGGAAGCCGUCAGUGCGUGGGCAUCAAUCUUGCAUACUGCGAGCUCUAUCUCGCGACAGCCGCUCUUUGUCUACGUGUAUUCCCCCACAUGCAGCUGUACCAAACAUCUGAGGAGGACGUCAGAUAUGACCAUGACAAAAUCCUAGCUCAGCCGAGGAAAGGUAGCCAAGUGAGAGUUGUGAUGAAAUAA